AUGAGUAAACAACAGAGAAGAAAAGGAAACGCAAAGGUGAGUAUCUGAUGCGUUUUGCUCAAAAUGUGAAAGCAACCGGUUCAGAAUGCGAGCAGUGCGGCCGCCCACGGAUACCUUUCUCAGGGAGGGGCCACUCUCGUCGGACUCACUCCGGAAAUGAACAUCUUCGAGGUGAGUUCGUUGUGAAAAGGAAAAGGUAAAAACGCGCCAUCCUGCAGGUUGCCAGCAGUAACAAACUGCAUCAAAUGAGCGAAAUCGACGACGAAACGCGGAUUGUGAUGAAGAAAUUGACAAAAAAAGACGCGUUGACGAGAGAAAAAGGACUGAAAGAGCUCAUGGAACUGAUCCAAAUGGAAACGACGUCCAUCGAAAACUGCUACGAACACUUCUGCGGACUCGUCGCUCAGCUAAGCACAGAUGGAAGUCCGUCCGUCCGGAUGCUCACCAUGAAGACGAUCACUCUGUUUUUGGUUAAACUGAAGAAAUCGGCGAGCAAAGGCCUGAAGAAAGUGAUUCCGAUGGUGCUUUUCGCCAAAUCAGACGUUACGAACGGCGUGGCAGCAGCCGCAUCGGCAGUCAUUCGGGACGGAUUCGACGCGGAGAAAAAGCAGCAAGUGGUCGAAGUGUUCGCUCCAACGGCAUUCGAAAUCGCAGCGAACAUCGCACAAGGAAAGCACGAACUGACGGUUCCAGUCGAGUACGACGCAUCGGAAGACAAAGAAGCACGGACGUCGCGUCUGGAGAGCCAGGCACUCAAUAUGUUCCUUUCGUAUCUGAAGGAAUUCGGCAACGAAUCUUCGAUCUGGCAGGAACACGCACGGAAGCUCUUCGAGAAUACGGAAUACGUCAAGAAGGUGUUCUCCGGGAAGCGAGAGAGUGUGCGAAUUCAACUGCUGACUCUUUGCUACCGAUUCGCAGACCACGUGGACGUGAUGCUCAAUGUGCCGCCAAUCAUCCCCUACAUUCAAAACACUCUGGAUGCGCAGACAUUCACUCCAGAAUGUGCCACUGCUUGGGAAGGAAUCAUUCUUCUCAUUCACAACGAGCGCUUCGGCACGAAAGUUUCCCUUCAAAAAGCGAUUUUUCCGAGAUUCUUGAACGUGAUUCGUAAGAAAGGAAAUCAUUGGAGAGUGCUCAAGCAUUACCUUCUUCCCGCCGUCGUCGCUCUUCUGAAGGAAUUGAAUAAUCCGGGGGGAGACCUGAAAUCAGUCACUUCCAUCAUGGAAAGCUUCACAGACAAUCUGCCGUGGAGUGCCGACGCCUCGACGAAUGCCAUUCAUUGCUGGUUUCACACGUACGCCAACUUCGUACGGUGGAUUCUGACGAACGAUCGCAUCAACUUGGAUAUUCUACAGUCUCUUAUCCCACUGGUAACUUGCAGGAACGAACGUUCUUCCAGUAAUCUCUUUUCAGACUUGCAAAAUAAGCGAGCAAGCAAUGUCACUGAAUACGGCAGAAGCAACUGAAUGCGUUUCCGAACUGAUUUUCUGGAUGAUCGAGAAGGGAUCGCUCGGAGAAUCGGAGAUCAGGAGACUAUGUCAGAUGCUGGAGGCGCAGAUUACGGAAACGGAUACGGAAAAGAGCAGACUGCUGAGGGAUGCUCUGACAGCUCCAGGACGGCUUCUCCAGCUAUCGCAUCUCCACGCGACUCUUCUGCAAACUCAUAAUCUCAGCGACUUCAGUGUUAUCCGGAAUCUCGCUCGAUCAGAAAACGAUUAUUUCCAAGCGGCACUUCAGAAAAUUACAGACUUUUCUUUUGUCGAGAAUACUGAUUCGUUCGAUGCGAUUCAAAGCGAAGACGUCGUCAAACUAAUUCUGAUGAUCUUGAACAGCGGCAAGACAUUGAAGAUUACUGUCAAAAAUGACCAUGUCGGAAGACAGCUCCUGCUCUCUGGAGAAUCCAAAAUUUGGGACGAACUGUUGAAAUCCGUCCCGGAGUCUGUGUUCCAGGAGAUGAUAAACCACUGGCACGAGCAGAGGAACGGAAAGGCGAAUGCGACGGCGGUGAACUUCUUGAAGCAAAUGGGAAUCUCUUUGAAUACUGAAGAAGCCGCCGAAAACGUCGAUUUCCUUAUCUCGUUCUUGCACACGAUGAACACGAACGAUCCGGCCUAUUCGGAGGAGAAGAGCACGCUCGUGAAGAAACUCUUCGUUGCGCUGUUCGAGUCGGAAGAUGAGCCGAAGCAGGAGCACUUCCACACUGUCGCAGGUCAUCUGACGACGAAUUUCAACUCUGAUCACUUUUUCGAAAAGCUAUUCGCCAACAAUGAAGACCUCGAUGCUGAACGGAUUCUGGAACUCAGUGGUCGGUUAGACAAACUAAUCGGAAUGUGUUCGGAGGAAUCGAGAGUUGUGAUCGCCGAAAAGAUUCUGUUCUCGAAAGAAGAAUACAAUGAAAUGGUUGCAAAGUUGCAUUUCGUAAGUGACCACAAGUUCCGACUUUGUUUAUUAAGGCUUUUUUCAGUUGGAACUAGAUAUAUUCACGUAUUCACAAAAAGCGAAUGUGCUCACAGAUGCCUUCUGCAAAUCAGUGAAACACCUUGAAGAACGGGAAGCGAAGGCACUGGUCACUGUGUUCGGACGACGAGUUCUCUUCAAUCUUGCCUCACAUUGUACGACUUUUUCCAAUUUGAGAUAUUCAGCGGGGACCUCAUUCAUUUCAGACCACACCUCCUUCCACAAAAGCAUGGGAUGGCAAAUGAUCCAAGUGAUCCGUUCAGUUGGCGAGAGAUACUGUUUGAAAGUAUUGGACGAAGAAUUAAACCAUCUGAAGGCGGAAAUCGAGAAGAGAGUGAGAAAGUCGGACGGUGUGGAGAAAUUGAUUCUGGAGAAUCGGGCCGCGAACUUUUUCGCAGAACAAUAUGGAAUUACUGUUGAGCAGGAGAGAAUACUGAACACGUUCGAGGGAGAAGACAAAGAAAAGUCGGCCAGACAGAUCGAGCAGAUUUUCCCGUCGAUCUGCGAAAAUCCCAUAGAAUACUUGGAGAACAUACUUGAAUUCAGUCACUCAGAAGAUUCGAUCGAUCUUUUCCACUUCAACUUGUACGUUUUUCUGUAAUUUCAGAUUAUAAUUAUGCAUUUUUCAGUACAAAACAAAACGACUGGCUGGCAAAUAUUAUGUUCGCUAAACGUUUUAUCGAAAGCAAAGGAGCGAUCUUCGACACGGAAAACUUCGAGCUGAAAGACGCCGCUCUCUGUGGAAUCGUCACUGUCCUCGACGUAAAACACCCACUGAUUUGAGUUAAUUUCCAUGUUCUAAUUCAGAAGUCCACUGAAAUCCUUUCCACGAAUCCGCAUGCUUUUGAAGAAGAUCCCCGUCUGGAGGUGCUCACAACUCUCUACUUGGAACUAUUCUUAGUUCUGACCAAAGCAGCAGCCGACGAGGAAAAUUCACAGCAGAGUGUGGACGAAUGGAACGAAUUCUACACUCCGACGAUCCGUUCGUAUUUGAUCCGUCUGUUUCGAAGUGUCCGCAAGGAGCAACAGCCCACUCCGUUCUUCCGCUCUCUUCUCAAAGUCCUCUUUUCCCUACCCGAAUUCCCAUCUAACUGUUCUGGCGAUGACGACGAAACGGGCAGGGAAUUCGUGCCUGAGCUCUCCGUUUUCAACUAUUUGCCAUUCCAAGAAUCGUGCAUUUCCCAUGCCUUCAGUUUGCUCACUUCCAGUAUCGAGCACAUUCAACUCAUCGGGUUCGCCGUCGCUAAAUUGUGAGUGAAUCAAAAACAGAUAUAAUAUAAAAUGAGAGAGUUUCAGAUUGAUGCCGAUAAUGUUCAAAGUGGAGAACGAAGUAGCAUUGAGAGAACAGGAAGAGGGAGAAGAAACAGUAGGACAUGAUCUUCUUACUUGGGUCACGUCUUCCCGAAUAGUUUCAGGUGUCGACGAACCGUCCGAAACUGAAUCUACCCGUUAUGAUUCCGAAGUGUUAUCCGGAAAAGUAUCACUCUCAUCUGGGUCCCCUUCUCCUGGAUUUGGCUCUCACUCCGCUCGAGAAACCGGAAGCGAGUUUCAAGCAAGAGCACAGAGUCUCCUACUGCGACACCAUCGAUCCGUUUAUCAAAAAGGGACUUAACUCAUUAAUGAUUGAUCAGCCAUUCGAAUUCCGACGCAUGCCGAUCAGCUGUCGAAUUCGUGAGCUUUUCUUUUUAGUUUAUUCAAUCCAUACAGAAUUUGUUUCAGCAAAAUCACAAGAAAGAGAGUAUUAUCUGGUGGCUGACCACUCGGCCAAUCCCGUUUUCUUCGAUAAGUUCGCCACGCGGCUCCUCUUCAAGUCCGUCACCCUUCUUCCGGCCGUCGUUCGCCUCUUCUACAAAGGAAUGCCCAACUGCUUCAUGCCAAUGUUUCAUGAAGCGGUCACCAAAUACGCGAGCAAAUUGCUCAUUGAGCAAGAACUCGCAAAGGUCCGUCAAGCAGCAUUCGGAGGGGAAAUGAAAGUGAGAACGGUGCCGGUGACGGGAGAGAUCAUUGCGGAAUACGUCGUCGAGGAAACCAAGAUGAAACUGACGAUCGGACUGCCGCCGGAUUACCCGCUGUCGGUGCCCACUAUGACCCUCGACAAGGCGAUUGUGAAGACCGAUCGGGCCAAGAAAUGGCUGCUCCAACUGAAUGCUUACCUAUUCCAUCAGAACGGAGCCAUUCUGGAAGGCAUCGAAAUGUGGAAGAGGAAUGUGGACAAGGGCGUCGAAGGGGUGGAGGACUGCACUAUCUGCAUGAUGACAGUCCAUCAGACGACCCAUCAAUUGCCCAAGGUCAAAUGCAAGCAGUGCAAGAACAAAUUCCACUCGAAUUGUUUGGUAAGUUACAAUUUUCUCGGUUUCAUGCCCAGAUCGUCCCGCAAGUUCACGGCCGCGGCCUAACUUUCCCCAACUUUUUCUCUUUCAGUACAAAUGGUUCGAGUCCAGCAACCAAUCGACGUGCCCACUUUGUCGCAACAAUUUCACUUGA